GGGAAGGCAGAGAAGUGUUUGGAACUGUCAGACAACGGCUCACACAUCACGUCAAAUGAUGACGUUGUUUCUACGGCUUCUGUUUGCCGUCUGGCUGGCAGCUGUAAGCGGAAGUAACAACAACAACAACAACAACAACAAACGGCCAAACAUUGUCUUUGUAUUAGCAGAUGACUACGGCUUCAAUGACAUCGGCUACCAUUCUCCAGAUAUCUCCACCCCUGUUCUCGAUCAGCUUGCGACAGAGGGGGUGAGGCUUGAGAACUAUUACGUCCAGCCCAUCUGUUCCCCCACUAGGAGUCAGUUCAUGUCUGGCAGGUACCAGAUCCGCAUGGGUCUCCAGCAUGGCCUCAUCAACUCCGGACAGGCGAGCGCUCUGCCACGGGACAGCCCCACACUGGCGGACAAGAUGAGGGAAGCCGGAUACGCCACCCACCUGGUGGGCAAAUGGCACUUGGGAUAUUACAAGCAGGAGUUCUUGCCCUUUAACAGGGGCUUCGACACGUUCUACGGCUACCUGACUGCCUGCGAAAACUACACUAGCCACAAGAGGGUCUACCCACAGGACGGAGUGGCAUAUCUUGACCUACGCGACAACAACGGACCUAUACAUAACGAGAAUGGACACUACUCCACGCAUCUCUUUACAGAGAAGGCGAUCAACGUUGUGCAAGCCCAUGACACUAGUAAACCUCUGUUCAUGUACCUGGCCUACCAGUCAGUCCAUGACCCGCUAAUGGUGCCCGAGGAGUACGAGAAGAAGUACAGCCACAUUAAAGACGAGAAGCGAAGAAUAUACGCAGGCAUGGUAGCCGCCAUGGACGAGGGCGUGGGCAAUGUGACCAAGGCGCUCAAGGACAAAGGCAUCUGGGACAACACCAUCCUUGUCUUCUCUACUGACAACGGUGGUCAAGUGUACGGCGGUGGCAACAACUUCCCUCUCCGGGGCCACAAACACACCCUCUGGGACGGGGGGAUGCACGGCGUGGGUUUUGUCACCGGCGGGAAGAUGCCGGUCAAGGGAUUGGUCAACAACGAGCUGAUCCACGUCACUGAUUGGUACCCUACCCUGGUGAACCUGGCCAAGGGCUCCCUCAACGGAACGAAACCUCUGGACGGAAUUGACCAGUGGGAUACCAUCACCGCCGGGAAGCCAAGCAGACGUACCGUCCUGCUCCACAACAUUGACCAGCUGUUCCCCAAACGAGGUGUUCCUCUGUACAACGACACUUUCGACACCAGCGUGAGGGCGGCUGUGAGGGUGGGCGACAUGAAGCUCAUCACAGGGGACCCUGGCGACGCAAAAUGGUGGCCACUUCCGGGGCAGAAGGUGGACUUUGAUAUCUCAGACGAGCGCCACAAGCACCCCAAUAAGAACGUGUGGUUGUUCAACAUCACAGCGGACCCCAACGAGCGACAUGACCUGUCCCAUCAGAUGCCCGGCACUGUCCGCUCCCUCCUCAGAUAUCUGGUGAAGUUCAACGCAGAGUCUGUACCACCAGUUUGGCCCACACACGACUGGAGAAGCAACCCGUCUAGGCAUGGCGGAGUGUACGGGCCCUGGAUGUAGAUCAGAGAGUUUACAGUAAUACUGUAAACCCACUCUGAUGUAGAUCAAGCGUUUCUUUGAUUUGUUUUUUUUUAAAAUGUGGUUUCUCGUUUUGGUUACAUUUAGUAUCCCCUCUCAAUGUUUAUGUCCCGAGCGCUCAUAAUGUUGCCUUUUACAACAGUUGGGAGCGACAUAAAAAAACAAAAACAAAAUAAAUUACCAAGACAGAUUACCCCGCCCCCCUUC